UUCUAAGUGCCGGAAAUAAUAUUUUGUUGUUCGUUUAAAACCUCUAGGAUGCACGGAAAAAACAAUUCAUACCAGGAAUCCAUUUUGGCGCGAGUGUUGCCCUAGGCUCUGUGUUACGUUCUUGAUGGAUCUGUUUGCUUUCAAGUUCUAUUGAUCGACCAUUCGAGUAACUGAGGACUCGCAGUUAGCUACAUUACAGUGUAACAACAUUUAACGGAAAGAGAAGUAAGUUCUACCUAUAAAAUACUGUUCAGUGGCUAGCGUUUUUUUGGCUUGCAGUGCAAAACAUGGGAAGGUUACGACGAAAAAACAAACCCAAUGGUCCUCUUGAUGGCUUGUUGACACAAACACUCGCAAAACGUGUUUGUGGUUUCAUGUCGUAGAUAUUUUUAUCAAGGUUGUUAUCCUUUAGUUUGGCUGAUAAUCCCUUAGUAUUGCGAGCGUGUUAGUUUAGCUUUGGAGGGGGCAUGAAGAUACGGCAAUGAAUGGCGAAAUAUGCUGAAUUGUAAAAACUGUGGCAGAGCCUGCGUAACUACCCAAAUGCAAUCGAAAUCAAAGCUUGUGGUCGUCAUUUUCAUAAGAGGUAAAUGUAAUGCAUUUUAUACGGUAUAGAAAUUGAGGACCCUCAAUCGUCUAUCCGGAAUUGAAAGAGGCAUAUAAAGCCUCUUAACUUCCAAAAAUAUCUCGGUUUUUUAUAUUCCUUAGCAGAAAUCGCCGCCAUCUUUUUGCUUUUUAAUUUAUUUUACUGUCCAACCCUUUUCUUCAGCGUUAUAUAUGCAACCUUCAGUCACUGCAGUCAAGAACAUCGGCUCUGCAUACCGAAUCGAUCGUACAUGUGUAUUGAAGCAUGCGGAUUGAUUUAGUUAUGAAAGUAUUGGUUUUUGAAAACAGAAAAACUUCUGCUGGAAUGAAAUAAAUAGAGCAAAACAACUGAUAACCAAAAAGCACCAAACAGCCACUAGAAGUUCAUGGCGAGUCUGUCAAAUUUCUGACUCUAGUCAAUUUUUGAACGGGAGCUUAAUGGUCUAUAUCUGAACCAAAAGAUAUUUUCUGCAAGUUCAUUAAUGGAGGAAAAAUGCUAAAGAUGAAUAAAAUCGUCGUAUACUUAAGAGUAAAUCCAGAUUUUUAUUAAGAAGGCGCGCGCCAGAGCACUUCACUGAAUUGGAGAAUUCGCCAAUCAUCCUAUUAGCAUUUUUGCUUUCGGUUUUGACAUCAACAUCUCUUUUUCUCAUAUAUUUGAAGUUGUUGCAUAACUUACUUUAUUUGCAACCUGAACAGAGCCGAAAAUGGGUUCAUUCUUGUGAUAACGAUUUUCAGCUGCUAUUUCCCACAAAAAUGAAGUUUAACUUGUUUGCAGCACAAUAGAUCAUGUCAUAGAUAAUCGCAAGAGAAUUACUGGGUAUAAAUAACAAUAAAUAAUCCAAAGCAAAAGAAUGCCAUUGUCAGCGGUCAGACUAAUAUGACUAAUUAGCCUUUUUGUCGUAUAUGAAGCAAGUGAUAUAGACUAGCUCUGUAUGCCAAAGGGGCACCCUCACUUGAGAAUAUGGCGAUAUGGGCUGUUUGAUCCUUGCUCAGCAAAUUCUGGGGAAAUGAAGAGUUGGGUUAGCAAGCUCGUCAUUGCCUUAACAUAAAAUGCUGACAGGGGGAACAGAUGUUGGGAACAACCGAUAAAACUGCUAACAAUAUUGUUGGAGUUGAUGCUACUUGCUUUAAAAGCUUGUCUCAACAUCGUCUCGACAUUCCGAUUGUUUGUUGUUUUAAGUUCACGCUUUCAACUGCUUUCAACUUAAAGCGAAACUAGCUCGGCACGUACGCGCAAAGUAUCUGUUUUUGCUUUUGUAAUGUUAACCACCAGCUAACUAUUCACGAAAAAUAAAAAUGCAAGACUUUUCUGAAAAACUUUAUUUGCCCCGAGCUCGUUGAACGAAAGAUCUUCCAAAAUCGCAUUGUUUGAGGAUCUAUGAGUCACGUCUUACGAGGAUUUAAGCGAAAAAUGUUUUCUUUGCCAAAAGUAGGCAAUGUGAGACAACUUCAAAAAAGUGGCCAUUUUGGGUGGAUUGUGUCUUAGACUGUAAAUGAUCGGAGUACAUUACAUGAUAAGUCGACAUACUUUUGUGACGGCAGCGAUAAUCAAAUAGUUUAUGCCCUUUUUUAAUGUGUACAGUAGACAGUCGUGAACAGAUAGGCAGAUGGCCCAUUACAGUAGCCGUUUUUAAUUCUAAAAUGUUUAGGUAAUGGAUUCUUGACACAGAACUAUAAAUGAAGCAAUUUCCUGACCUAAGGAUAUGGUCUUCUUGUAUCAAUUUCAAACAAACUCUGGAGUCUAGAAAAUGAUUAUGAUCGGAAAUGUUAUCCUAAUUUUGUGAAUAUCUAAUUUACGGAUAACGGGCGGAGACAUUUGGAAUGAUUAUCUGUAAAAAGGUUUUCACUGUCUGGAUGAUAAUGUCAAUAUUGAACCUUCCGACCCCUCCCCGUGUCAAAUAUUCUAGAUCCGCUUACACUGUGUCUAGCUAGGCUGAAUGUGAAAUGCCACCGACAGACUGUUGCUACGAAAGAUUCAGCCUGACAGCAUGCUUUUAAAUAUAAUUGUUAUACAUGCACCCGUUACAAACAACAUUACCUGUUAUUGUCUGUGGUGCUCGCAAUUCUGAACUUUUAUUUCAAGUCGACGUUUUGCGAAAGGCGCUAAAAAGCAAACGACGACAAAAUUAACUGCUGACUAUUUGUAUCUUUACCACUGUAAAAAUAGUCAAGGUAUCAAGCUUUUUCGAAACACCUGCUCUGGCAUUGUUAAAUUCACUACGUUCGAGUUCGCAACGUACAUAUUCGCGUCGCUGCCAUUGGCAAAGUCCAAAACUUGCACACUCGGAGGAUAGGUAAGGUUAAUUUUUGAUAUAUUGAUAGAGUUUGACCGAGCUAAAGAAAUGUCUGGUGUAAUUGUUGUCGAAAUAAAUUAUGCUUCCGCUACGGCUUUUUGUCGGCAGUCAGCCACGCCUUAAAACGUAGAUAUAAAGUGAAAAAGAAAGACUCGCUGCUAUUUUUUUCCGCCAUAGUCAGCGAAAGAUACACAAUAAUUGCUUCUAUUAGCUGGUGUAAUAAUGUAAAUUAGCCAACGUGUUUAAUAAGCGUUUUUUUUUUUGGCAAAAGUUUCCAUGUUGAAAGCUAGCCAGAUUAAAAAAGCCAAACUUUGGCAUUUCACCUUGGCCACCCCGCAUAAAAUGAUGUAAAUAUUUGAUCGGAACCUCCUACCACGUACUAAAACACAUAUUUUUUUUCACUGCAAUUUGGCUCUGUAGGAAUUGUUGUUCGCAGUAGCGCGCAGUGUCUUCCUCUUAUUUGACUAUAAAAUAUUCUGCUUAUAAGAAUUGAUUUGAUUAUCUCCAACGUGACUUACUCCUCACUGAAAACUGCUCAGUCAACUUGGUAAGUGCGCAAAAUAAUCACUGAGAAUUAUUUGACCUUUUGUCGUAGAUUAGAACUGACUUUUUUAAAGUUCUCGAUAAUUGCAACACAUCGUAAAAAUUUAUCUACGAUGCACUUGGCCUCCUUAUCUUAAAAGUUGAACAAAAAAAUGUGCUUCUAAACUUAAUGGCUAAUAUGCUCACGUUCCGGAUGUCUGACAUUUCAUGUCUAAUGAGAAAAAAAUUAUAUAUAAAAUGUAAGAUUUUAACAGGAUUUUUAGUUUUAAAAGUAGUAGUCCAAUUAGAGCCCUAGAACGGGCUUUUCACGUUAUCAGCCACACCUAGAAAACAUGGAUUUAAACCAAUUAUGUAUCAGGUGUUAUAAUUUACAGUUGUGAAACAACAAUGAAAAAGGAAAAGCCAUCAGAAGGCGAACUCGUUUUAAAAGCUGAUAACGGAUUCUUCUUGUAAAAGCUACUUUCAAAUAUAAUUUAUGUAACAGACAGCGAUGAAAGAUAACUAAAUUACAAUAACCUUUUUCAUUUCGUAGUCUGAACAAAAGAUUAACUCAGAUCAAGACACUGCCUUUCAUUUAUGAAAAACAAAUUCAAGAGGUUUUAUUCUAAUGGUGACAACAGGCUUUCGUCCACAGAAUAUGUGAAUCAAAUGUUAAAAACUGCAUGCAACAAGAAAAUUCUAUUCCUAAAAGUUUUUUGUUUUGCUUUGCUUCACUUUACAUGACAUUACCUAUUUUGAACAAUGACAGCAGAAAAUGAUAGCGGUAAGAAUCAAUUAACCAACUAAUUAAUAAAAACAUUACAUCAUCUCUUUUCAUAUAAAAUUAAGAAAAUCGUGACUGAACAUAAAAGCUGCAAAUUACUAAUUAAUCAACACAGUUACAAAGCAGCAAAGUUUUUAAAGCAAUAUCCAAGUAAUUAAAUAAUUAAAGUGAAACUUUAUUUUAGAUAUCCAUUCAUAGAUUUUCGUAUAAAGAUGUUCAACUUUAAUCUUAAUUCAUUGACGAAGACAACAGACUCGUAAAAGUACUAUGUGGUCUAGUAAUCCUGCCUGCUUCAAUGUGCAGACUGUGUAGAAUACACUGUUCCCGAGGCAAGCUAGUAGUGGCUAUCAAAGAAAAUUUUAAAUAUGGCAUAAACCGGCGUCAGUUUAAUUUCCCAUGUUUGAUGUUAAUGUUGAUAAACUUUGGCGGCUGGUUAGUUCAAGCUUUCGUGAUUUUAGGUUGAUGUCGAGGUACGGAACAAACAAAAAGCGAAGCAGACAUUCAAGGACACAGUUGACAAAUGCGAUCGUUAAACGAGGACGUGAGGAAAUAGCAGUUUAGCUCAUGCACGUAGACUGCAAGACAGUCCGUAUUUCUGCGUAUUCAAGUACGCGCGAUCCGCGAGCAGCCAACGAAAGGUCUGGAACGAGGCUGAAAACAGAGAGCGAGACUGGGGAGAGACUCUCGCCUCACACGCCUUACGGACGUGUGAGGCUUGCGCGCUUCGCGCUUAAGACUCUUACCCCACGCUUCACCGAUUUCUUUACUGAUUUUGAGAAAAAAACCGACUGUUUUGCAGUCUAUCAUGCACGCAUCCCCCUUUUUUCUUCUCGCCUGUAGAACCUGUAUAUGUAAAAAUAUUUGUUCCACUCAUACACGUGUGUACAUUCUGUCACGACGCCCGUUUAUGCUGCUGACUCAGAUAAAAAACUUAAUCAUAUUAUCAGCCUGAGAAUUGAACAAUGAUUCAUCACCCUUCAUCUAAUAUUAAUUGAAGUUAGUAGUAGAAUGUCUUUCAUACCUUUUUCAGUAUGGGGUAUGGAUAACGGAAAAAUAAAGGGGCGGGAUCAGUGUUUAAAAUCUAUGUGUACAGAUAAGCAGGUAAUUUUAAGUGGACUUACAUUUUUCUUAAGAAGCUUAAAUAUAUAAAUAUCUUACCCCUCUUGGGCAAGCCUGAUUUUUAAGUAAUUUUUAUUAGUAUCCGUUACCAUUCAACCAUUUUUCAUAUUUUUUUGGCUCAGAAAACAAAACCAUAAGUCUUCUAAGCCUAAUUGUUCUUUUGGUGUUUAUCCACUGAGAGACUGUCGAAAAGUCGAGAUGCUUCUAAAAAGUUUAUCAAAAAAUUCGUCAGAAGUGAUGUUAGUUGCGUUAUAAUGAACUGGGUGUCUUGCUACAUUCAUAUCACUGACGGAGUGGAAAAGAGGUUCCCUUAAUUCCAACUUGCGUUAAAAGACUGAAACAGACAAUACUGUAAAGAGCACUUAACUUGACCCCACAUAUUAAGAAAACAGUCCUUUUUUUGUUCAAUGUAACUCAAAUGAAUAGCUACGUGAAGGCCUCUAAAAAACAGUUACUCACACUCAACUCAUUGUUACGUUUGAGAAACUAACCGCAGGAAAAAUGCAUCCUCUUUUUGUUUUUAUGCGUUUUGGUUUAUUCCGAAUUAAUACAAUAAGAAGGGAUUAUCUUGCGUUAAGCCCUCCGGAGGAAUGUGCCAGAGUUUCCAUUAUUAACCUGACGGGAGGUCAAUAAACAGCAGUAUAUACCGAGAAGGUACGUAUCUUACCUCUUCACUUUGGCAUUUGCAGAGUCCACUGCAAGCUUAUCAAGGCCUACUUUUGUUUGGUUCAUCAUAGACCACGGAGAGGGACGUUUCUUUGUUCAUAACUACAUAGGUAAGACUGCUAGUCCUACUCGCUGAUGUUAUUUAAUUAAGCAAGUGGUAAACCACUUUUCAUACAGCUGUAGCUUCAUCACAUGUGAUAUGUGAUUAACAAGAUUCAAAUAAGUUUUCUAUCACUACAUAUCCUGCAUUGUCUCAGUUUCUUCUGUCGAAUUUUCAACUCAAAGCGUUAUGAUACGUCUUUUCAUUGCACUGUUAAGUAUGUGAUUCUAAGAACAUGCAUUUACCACAGAUUGCUCAGUGGAAACGUAAACUUAAAACUUUGCCUUUCCCGAAAUUACUGAGAAAAUAGGAUGUGAUGGCUAAGCACAAAUAUGCUAAGACAGGAAGGAAAAGAGGAUUUUAUGCGUUGUUUUGUUAUUCAAAAUUUCUGCUCUUUCCGAUGUCCGCAAAAAUAAGAAAAAAUAACCUUGACCUUUCCAGUGCGUCUUUGUCACUUACAAAGACUUGGAUGGUUGGCAACUAACUUUGAAUCAGCGGAAUAAUUUUAAUAAUUAUUACCAGCCAAGUUUUCUGACACAAUCUUCUUGAACUGAUCCAGUAUGCAUAACUGCCGGAUUGUUUUGCGGACAGACUUCUGGACUCCCAAGGGCUUUGCUUAAAAGUUUAAGGAGAAGAAUUUGUCAAUAGAACUUAUUAACCACUUUUUCUCAUUUUCCGAAAAUUCCAACGACCACCCGGAGUUAUUGCUGUGACCAUCCAAUAGUUUUUAAUUUUUUUCUGUUUUUGAAAAACUGAAGAUUGUGAACGUGCCAAAAUUUGGGCCUUGGUCACUACUCUGGUCACUACUGGAAGUAACUCAGGGGCACCCAACGACAAUUUUCGGAAGAAUAUCUGUUCGGAAGACUAUUUUAGAUCUAGAAUUUUCGAAACAUUUGUUGUAAAAUUUCUGGCUUGCCUGCCUCUCCUAGGAUUUUCGAACAUCUAAAAAUGGUAUAAUUGCCUAUUUUUAACGGAUUUUUACCCUAAAAAGGUCACCUAGAAUUUCGGGAGCCUUUUUUCUGGCUGAUAUUUUCGAAAAGGUAAGUUUUGAUCCCUAUAAUUUUCGGAUCACUAGACUUUCGGCUAGGAAAUCCGAGCAGAUGAGAAAUUUUUAGGGGAUAAAAAUAUGCCUAUAUCUACUGUUUAAAUACUAAAAUACGUUUAACAAUACUAUGUUUAAGUGGUUUUGAACUAUAUUCUCGUUGGGUGCCCCUGGUAACUAAGGGUAGGUUAUUGCCCCCGCCUGAGUGAAAUUCCGAAGAGGCCGCUCUAGUAGCUCGCCGUGUAGUAAGAAAAGUACUUACAGAGAAAAUAUACAGUCAGUAUGUCAGAAAAAAUCUCGAUUUGCUUGAACAGGGGCCGCAUGGAAUCGUUUGGUAAUGCAUGAUGACGUUUCUAUUGUUUGCGCCCGCAAGUAAGAGAUGGUUAGGAUGACGUAAAACCAGGAGCCUAUGACGGCUUAGGUAGAUUUUGUGACAUUUAUUGUACACUCAUGCACUUCUUUUGCGUUACGUGUUAUCUGGGUGACAUUCUAUGGAGCAGCUGUUUUGAAAGUUAAGGACCAAAAAAACGCGGCACUCGUUGAGCGCAGAUGAAGUUAUAUUUCAGUAUUAGGUGCGUAUAACUGUGUACAUAUAGACCCAUAUAAACAGUGAAAUACUUUGCCGGACUCGAGUUAACAAAUAAUCUUUGAUUGGAAACAAUUUGCCAGACACUUCUCUCCCUUUGGGGGAAUAAAACUCAGUCCACAAACAAGCAAGACGAGUAAAUAAACGGCUAGCUUACCACUAGCAGAACGAUGAACGAUUACAGAAAUUCGCCGACAAUGCUGACUUAAUCCUUGCUCACAGAUUUCCUUCUAUAAAGUUAAAAAAAUAAUAAUAAUAAUAACCAGAACACGCCAGCGUGAAUUCAUCAAACCUUCGAAUCUCGAAGGCUUACUUUCCGGCAAAUAAAAAAAAUUCCCGCAAUUUCUAAUUACAUCUUUUGUUAUGGUUUAGAAUAAACUACUCUCGAACUGACUGAAACUGUUUUGAUCAAAGCUGUGCAAAUCGAACUGAAUUAAUCAGUGCAUGGAACCUUGAGUUUCCUAUUUUUAACUCACCUAUUGUAUGGAAUCCAUGGAACAUGUAUGAAAAUCUUCAUUAUGAAUCGGUACAUUUCAAGGAGCUAAACAACGAAACGAUCAAGAAUACUGUUGACCGACAAUGUACAGAGCGGGGGCAGCUGUAGUGUCAACUAUUAAUAGUGGAUAUUACACAAGCAUUUAAAGGGGAAAGCAAGGACGCAGACUUUCAGUUAUCAGCAAGUUACCCAGUACAUACGAAUGUUGCUUGCGGUCACCCUUACAUCGAAAAUUAAGACCAGCCAAAUGGAUGAAUUAUCAGUUUUAAGGCGUCUUGAGCCUUCCGAACAGAUAUGCUACUUAACAGUUCUCGCUUGCAACUGAAACCAUUUAAAGUAGGUCGUGAAAAGCAAUGUCCAGAUACUCUGUUAAGUCGCUCUUUGACCUUCAUUAAAUACUCGAUGACGUUUAGACCUUAAUCUUCAAAUAUUCCGCCCCAGCGUUAACAGCGCGUUAAACUGGGAAAAAGUCAUGGAGUAAUUGGGCGUGAAUAGCUAUUAAUACACAAAAAAGAAUAAAGGUGAUUUGUUUUGAUGGCGCGGUAAAGCGCCAUCAAGAUUUACUGUUUCACUGUGAAUUAUUUUGAUAAUAAUUAGAGACUCCAAUAGAACUUCUAACUCUUCUAAGUCUUUUAAUUCCCUGUUAUCUGCCUGCAGUUUUGUAUUUGAUCUGAAAAAGGAGGGAAAAGCAGGAAAACGUCCGAAAGACUUUGCCAUUGGCCCCUUUUCUCUUAUCAGCAAAGAACGAUAAGAAACUUUUUUAUCCAAACGUGGAUCGUCUGCAAAGAGGCUUUUUAAAACUAAUCUCGCCUACGCCUUGAUAUUUAUCGCUGCAGAAAUUAAUCUUAGUUUACCUCCCAGAGACGAACUAUAAUAUUUUAUCCUGGACUAAAAGAUAUUUUUCUUUUCAAUGUUCAAUAAAAGACUUUCAAAAGACGCCAGAAUCAUUCACGUGUACUGUUUUUUUUUUGUUUUUGGCUAAAGUGCAACGAAAUGAAUUAUGGGAUGGUAAUCUAAGCCAAAUGACGUCAUCAGGAAAUCGACAGCCAAUUUUUAUUACCUUUGACUGUACUGCCUGCCUGUAGAAGGAUUGUGUUGUAAUUUUCAUGCAUUUAAAUCUUAAGUUUUUAACUUAACCUCACUGCUGAAUAACUCUUAAAUUAAACCUCAGGGCAUCAUCAAAUGAUUGAAUUGAAGUUGAUGUGAAGGCUUUUGUUCACGGUUUUUGACAUAGUUGUAAAACCUUACGGCAUUAUCAAAGGAUGGCGAAAUUUAAAGUGAUGUAAAAGUAAUUGUUCACUGAGUAUGCGAUUUUAGCUAGUUUAAUUCAAACCACUGUCAAACUGAUCAUCAUCUAUUCAUAAUAAGAUUCCAGAUAUUUCCCGAAGAUUUUCUUGUCAAUAAAGACGCUAAUAAAUUUUAAGUAGCUUAUCGUCCUUUUGGCGGUAGAUUUAUCUAUUUCCGCGGCCUUGGUGUCCGUUUGAAGUUCUAAGGCGUUUCCGUUGACUCGACACUCUUACUUUUAAUAGAAUGGUAAAUUUUUGUCAUAAGUCGACAGCCAGUUAUAAUUGAAACUCACCGGUUAUCAUCAUCUUUAUCACAUACUUAAAGAACUUAGCUCUUGUUUUGACCAAAGUUCAAGCAGUUAAUUAGACGUAAAAAUGCAUGUGUAGGCAAGUUUUUAGCCUGUCUACAGCAUAGCAGCACUCCAUAUUUGUCAGUCGGCAAUGCGGAGUGAACAAACGGCUCUUGAAAUCUAAAGCCAUGCCCAGGCAAAUUCCUGCACGGCUGAUAUAUAUAUAGAGGCUGCAUCGGUAAGUUUCUUAGAUGUAAUAUCAUCUUGCACCAGAAGGAAUUAGUAGCUAAGACCUAUUGAACGUGGAUUUUGUCAGCUCUUCUUCCACACUCUCCAGCUUGACCUGUGAAAUCUUUGAAAAUUCAGUAAGUCAAUUUUUCUGAAAUCUUUUUCGAUAAUGAAGCAAUUUUAGUACGGUAUUUAUCAGGAUGAACUAAACGUUAAUGAGGAGUGGCAAGGCCUCGAGCUGUCAUGGUCUCUCGUUUAACUUUUUACUGUGAGGGAUUGCUUUUGAGGAAUCUACAAUCUCGGAUUAUCGACCGAAUUAGUUGGCUACCUGAAAAAUAUUUUCAUCCUUAAGCCAUGAGCCUGUCACUCAAAAGCACUACAAUCAAAGUUUGCACAAACACCUAUUGUGAAUUACAGUAGUGGAAAAAAAAAAUAGUAUCAUAUCAAGGAGGAACCGCUGAAAAGCGUUUAUACUGGGAUGGGCACACUUUACUGUUGAACACAAAAACAACAACAGUUAAGUACAAAAUUGUCAGAAUCAAACCCGGCCUGUACAGCCACACAAUAGAAAGGAAUAAAGUAAAUAAUCCACAGUGAAGUAGUGAUUUCUUAGCCAAAGGUCUGUGGCUGUUAUCUGCAGACUCGAACGUUCAUUUUUAGACCCCCUUCACAGCAUAAUAUACUGACUUAUUAUCCUUCCCAAAGAACUAAACGGUAGCCAGCAAUCUAAUAUACAAUUAAAAAAUGGGUUUAGGGUUUGGAAGAGAGAGAUUUUAAAGUAAAGCUUUUCAUAAAUUUUAGGAUGCCGCUUUUCAGGGGUUUUGAAUGCACGGUCAAUAAGAUCAACAUUUCCAUAACAAAAUCGCACGAGCGGCUUAAGUCAUCCAGACGCAGAUUUUUUUUUUAUUAUUAAUGAUAUUUUAUGAGAUUUAACCUUUUUCAAAUAUCUAACAUAUCUUGAGAUUUAUUUGUGCAGAAUAAAGUUUCAAUUAAUCAGCUGAAUUAAUCUUAAUCUUUUAUUUUUUCAGGUUACAGCCUCCUAAGUGAAAUAUCUGCUACGUUAUCGUGGAUAGAAUGCAGCUUGAUUUCACUUGGUCGACCCUUGCAAUUGGUUUUUUGGCUCCUGUUGUUGGCCUGAUUAUUCUUUUUGGAAUCAUUGGGAACAUUCUUGUUAUCAUCGUUCUGUGGCAGCAACAACGUCGAUCUCGCCGGACAAGUGCAAACUUUUUCCUCAUAAAUCUCGCUGUUGCGGACAUUCUCGCCUCUGCUAAUCUUAUAUUUAUGCUGGCGACGAUCCUCAAUCAAGGGGAAUGGCUGUUCGGAGAGGCGUUUUGUAAAAUAAAUGGUUUCCUGACUGUUCUGUUGGGUGCCGCGUCGCUGUUAACACUGUGUGCUAUCAGCGUAAACAGGUAUUUCAAAAUCGUGGAAGAGGGAAAGUAUAAUCUUAUUUACACUAAAAGCAACACCCUGAAAAUCCUAGUAGCUACCUGGUUUCUUCCAUUUGUGCUAUCGAUUGCGCCGAUAUUUGGCUGGUCUGAACACGAGUACCAAGUCGGGAAAUGCGUCUGUCAUUUCCUCUUCGGACGGAGCAUAUCUUACACGCUCACGUUCUCCACUUUCAUCGUGGUCCUGCCUUUCAGCAUUAUUCUCUUUUGUUAUUUGAAGAUCUACAAGAUUAUCAAAGCGCACGGAGCGAUGAUCGGAAACCUUCGGCGAAGUCAGCCCGCUGUUCACGUAGAAGACAUCAAAAUCGCCACUACAUUGUUCAUUGUGAUUGUGGUAUUCGUCAUUUGCUACAUCCCCGCUAGUGUAAUCAACAUUCUGGACAUGGCUAGCCUUGGAUUCAAGAUUCCUCAUUGGCUGGACAUGUUGUCGUUUGUUCUGGUGGUCUCUAAUCAUGCUAACAACCCAAUCAUUUACAACGCCCUCAAUCGUUCUUUCAGGCAGUCAUUUCGUGAGGUCUUACAUAUAGGAUCUUCUGGAAGGCCGCGAGCUCCAAGCAGAAGCGCUAGCAGAACCAGUUCUAAAAACACUAUCCCGCGUGGUUUACAAGCCAACGGGGUAAUGCAAAAACCUCCCAGCAAUCCUUGUUACCAACACUCGCACUCCUCAAGUGAAAAGUAUACUCCUGAGAUCAUUGAAUACGAGGACUAUAAUCACGACGAGAAAGUUCCGGGAACAUGUUGUCCGCACAAAUCUUCAGAUUGUUAA